AUGGACAAGGGUUGGAUUCAGGUUAAGGAAGAAAAUGGCAAGAUACGCUGUUGUGACAAAGGCAAGAUCAGAGUCUAUGUUGCGCGGCGCGCGCCGCGCCCCGCGGCCCCGCCCCGCUCCUCCCGGGCCGGCCUGCAGUUCCCCGUGGGCCGUGUGCACCGCCUGCUCCGCAAGGGCAACUACUCGGAGCGGGUGGGCGCCGGGGCCCCGGUGUACCUGGCGGCCGUGCUGGAGUACCUGACGGCCGAGAUCCUGGAGCUGGCGGGCAACGCGGCCCGCGACAACAAGAAGACGCGCAUCAUCCCGCGCCACCUGCAGCUGGCCAUCCGCAACGACGAGGAGCUCAACAAGUUACUAGGAGGCGUCACCAUCGCCCAGGGCGGCGUCCUGCCCAACAUCCAGGCUGUCUUAUUACCCAAGAAAACAGAGAGCCAUAAGCCCGGCAAGAACAAGUAACUCUGCACCUUCCCACCCAUAAAGGCUCUUUUCAGAGCCACCAAAUACUCAACUAAAGGGCUGAUCACAAACUAGUAGUGCACUAGCUCUUUUCAUGGGGACUUGGUGGCUCUAAAAAGAGCCGUUUUGGAUUGACGUC